GUAUCAAAAAUUCGAAAAUGUCAAAAAAGGCAAAAAAAUGAGAAAAAUAUGUAUUCGGUGUUGUGUUGUGAAGUUGUGAUUGUGUUGUUAUAUGAAAAUGAAUGGUGAUUAAUUUACGGUUUCUACUAGAGAUGUGUUGUAGUUACUUAAUACAUACUACAUACUUAUAAACAUCAGAAUGGCUAAAAGUUUUCUUCUUUCAUUGCCCCCUGAGGUUAUGUCAUAUAUUUUUAUCAAAUUAAACAAAAAUGAGUUGCGGAAUCUUAUGUUAACCUGCAAAUUUUUAAGAAAAAUAAUUAUAAAUGAUAACACUCUUUGGAGAUCUCAACAACAUCAUGGGUUAAUAAUAUUUAACAGCUUCGGAAACAGAAAGCCAGACACAAUCACUUGGUACGACCGAUGCAGAAUAUCAUAUAAUUGGUGUAAUGGGAUAUACCAAAACAAGGUGCUGCUUCAUCAUUAUGUAAAUUAUAUGCCCUGGAUUAAAUUCCACAAUUCAGAGAUUCUUGUGGUGUCUUUUGGUUCAGAACUUCAUGCUUACAAAUCAGACAGAAAAGGGAUACCAAACUGUCACAAAGUGGCAUGGAAGUUAAAAGUGCCAACUGUAAAAAGGGAUGAUGUACGUACAAAUGAUGUUUCAAGAUUUGUUUUUAAAGAUCAAUUCCUGGUAUGUGGAAACAGGGAUGGCUGCUUUGCAUUGUACCACACAAAUGAUAUAGCAAAAAUGCCACAAUUCCUAUGCCAUGUUGUUGACUGUCAUGACAAUGGGCUUUUAGAAGUAACUGCUGUGGAGUUAAUAAACAAAACAGAGGGUUGCCCUAUUGUUGUUAGUGGUUCCAACUACAGUCCAAAUUUGAAGCUGUUUAGUAUCAAAUUGGACAAUAAUACCCAAAGAUCAUUAGAUGAUGAAAUGGGUCACAUAGAUUGCAGGAACAUUGAAAUAGAAAAUGGAAGAGGUGUCAGCUGCAUUCAGUGCAACUCCAUGAAUGACAGGCUAAUAGUAGGACUAUAUGAAAACAGUAAGCCUAUUUUGAUUGAUGUCAACAUUGGAGAAGUAAUAAUGACACAAAGUGAAUCCAGAAAUGUGGUGAGAGAUGUGCAGUGGCACAAUGAGAAUGUUAUUGUCUAUGUCACUCAUUCUGGUUCAUUGCAGCUCAUAGACACUCGCACUCAUGAAGUGAUUUUCCAUCAGUUGGACCCGUUCCAGUCAACAUUAUAUUGCGUGAAAUCAGACGGCGAUAGAGCGGUUGUGGUCGGCUCAGCAGAAUAUUCUCGAUGUGUGCUCUUUGAUGUCCGAAAUAUGAAGCACCACCAGCAAAUUUACUUCACCCAGAAAAAGGUGUCUCCCAUCUACAGUUUAGACUUCGAUUCAACAAAACUAAUUGCCGCGGCAGACCGGAGUGUAGCUGUUUUAAAUUUCAACGAGACAUCAUAUGCAGAAAAAAGAGAUUAUUCUCAAAUUUUUGAAUUUGUAAAUAGAUAAACCUUGUACAUAAAGUUCAAAUGUUUGCCUUCCAAUUCGGCUUUAAAAUCUAGUUUCAUUCAUAAGAUUUGGAGAAGGGAUGGAAUAAAUUCAUAAGGUUUGCUUCAACCCGUCGAAACUAGUUUUUAUUUUACUUUUAGGUUGGCCACAAAUUACGUAACGCAAUCUGGAGUAGGAGGGUUCGAACAAAGUUUGCGAUCUUAUUUACGUUUUGAAUCGUGAAUUUUACGUUACAUAAUUUGUUGACGACCCCUUAGGGUGAAAUAAAAAAAAUUACCUGCCGAGCCAGAAGGUUCGGUUUCAGCCAAUAUCCCAUAGUUUAUAUUUUACACUAGCGUUUAGUAUAGCGCUCCCGACUCACUAGCGCCACAAUCACAUUUUUAUCGUUUUUUUUUACUUUAUUGAGAAAACUAAUAUAAUGACAGAGGAGAUACAAUGUUGCACUAGAUAAAGGAUUUUAUCUAGUGUAGCAUAGAAAUUUUAUUGGGUUGGCCUAGUCUUAAUGCCCUAAAGGUACAUAAAUAAAUAAUACCUACACAUAUAGAUAUUUUA